AUCCCCGCUCUGCCCGCGAGGUGACGUUCCAGACACGGGGAUUUCCGCAGCGGUGACACACGCCACUUCCGGUCGGCGGCAGGAGUCAGUGACGUGGCAGGCGAGUCCGGGCACCGUCCACGGGGCCGAGACGACGGGACUGUCAGGUGGCUUCGGGGCAGCCCCACGGGGAGAGGUGAGCACGACAGCAGCCGCGAGCUUGGAGCCGGAAGUGCCACGUGUCCUGAUUGCGCCUGCGCGGCUGGCGGCUGACAGGCACUUCCGGCCGGGGCCUCCCUCCUCUCCGGUUUAGGCUGCCGCCUCCCAGCCCGGCGUUCGCGACCCCACUGGCCGGACUCCUAAGCCUCUGUUCCCAGGCCAGGCCGUGGCUGCCGGCUGGCUGGGGAGAGUGAGGCGCCAUGUCUCGGGCUUGAUGCUCAGCCCUCUCUUCUUCAGUCUUCAGUCCUAAGUCUUUGGCCCCCUCCCUCCGCUUUCAGCAAUCGUCUUUCAGCUCCCCGCCUGGCGCUGUUGUCGAUCCAGACCAGUCUCUCCCAACAAGGAUAACUGCGGUCGUCAUGUCCCAACCGGGGAUACCGGCCUCCGGCGGCGCCCCAACCAGCCUCCAGGCCCAGAACGGGGCCUCCUCGGCCUCGGGGUCUCCUUACACCAACGGUCCUGUCCAAAAUGCACUGAUGUCUUCACAAGUGUCAGUGAGUCAAGGAUAUAAUUUCCAGCUUCCAGGAUCCUACCCUCAUCUAAUACCAGCAAAGACUCUGCAUCCAGUCUCUGGAGAGUCUAACUAUGGUGGUUCUCAGGGAUCUGGGCAAACUCUUAAUAGACCACCUGUGGCUUCUAAUCCAGUAACACCUUCACUCCAUAGUGGUCCUGUUCCUCGAAUGCCACUACCUGCUUCUCAGAAUUCAGCUGCUGCACCAAUGCCUUCCAGUAGCUUUCCUCCUGGAGCCAAUGUACCACCACCUUCAAAUUGGCAGUAUAACUAUCCACCCACAGGAUCACAGACAAACCAUUGUCCUCGUGCAUCAUCACAACCAACUGUAUUGGGGAGUACGAAUUUAACAACAAAUCAUCAAUAUGUUUCUUCUGGAGACCCUUCACUUCAAAACAGCUUCAUAAAAUCAGGUUCGCCACUUCCCUUACGGAAUCCUCCUCUGCCUACCACUUUCCAACCAGGAACUCCUCAUGGGCCCCCUCCACCUAGAGGCCCACCUCCAAUAAGGGACCCCAUGCCCCAGAAUUCAUCACACAGACCUGCACCCCAGCCUCUAUUUAAUUCAGCUGUCAAUCAAGAAGGUAUUACAUCAAAUGCCAAUCAUGGAUCUAUGGUUGUCCAUAGUAGUUAUGAUGAAAUUGAAGGAGGUGGCUUCUUGGCAACACCACAGCUUACUAAUAAGAAUCCCAAAAUGAGCCGAAGUGUUGGAUAUGCAUAUCCCUCUUUACCACCUGGUUAUCAGAACACAACACCACCUAGUACAACUGGAAUGCCACCUUCUUCCUUGAAUUAUCCAAGUGGCCCCCAGGCCUUUACUCAGACUCCCUUAGGUGCUAAUCAUUUAACUGCAAGCAUGAGUGGAUUAAGUCUACAUCCAGAGGGGCUAAGAGUUAUCAAUCUUCUUCAAGAAAGAAAUAUGCUUCCCUCAACACCUUUGCAGCCUCCAGUUCCAAAUUUGCAUGAAGACAUCCAGAAACUCAACUGUAACCCAGAGUUAUUUCGAUGCACGCUGACUAGCAUUCCUCAGACUCAGGCCUUACUGAAUAAAGCCAAACUUCCUUUGGGGCUGCUGCUUCAUCCUUUCAAAGAUCUAGUGCAAUUGCCUGUGGUUACCUCCAGUACAAUUGUGAGAUGCCGUUCAUGCAGGACAUACAUCAACCCUUUCGUCAGCUUUCUUGAUCAGAGGAGAUGGAAGUGUAACUUAUGUUAUCGGGUCAAUGAUGUACCUGAAGAAUUCAUGUACAAUCCUUUGACCAGAGUUUAUGGAGAACCUCACAGAAGACCUGAAGUUCAAAAUGCUACUAUUGAGUUUAUGGCUCCUUCAGAAUACAUGUUACGACCACCACAACCUCCAGUAUACCUCUUUGUUUUUGAUGUGUCUCAUAAUGCAGUUGAAACUGGAUACUUGAAUUCAGUUUGCCAGAGUUUGUUAGACAAUCUGGAUUUGCUUCCUGGCAACACUAGAACAAAAAUUGGCUUCAUAACAUUUGACAGUACAAUUCAUUUCUACAGUCUUCAAGAAGGUCUCUCUCAACCUCAGAUGCUAAUAGUUUCAGAUAUUGAAGAUGUUUUUAUACCUAUGCCAGAGAACUUAUUAGUAAAUUUAAAUGAAAGUAAAGAGCUUGUUCAAGAAUUACUGAAAACUUUGCCACAAAUGUUUACCAAGACUCUGGAGACUCAGAGUGCCUUGGGUCCUGCACUUCAGGCUGCCUUUAAGCUGAUGUCCCCAACUGGUGGUCGAAUGUCUGUCUUUCAAACACAACUCCCAACUCUUGGAAUGGGAGCCCUGAAACCACGAGAAGAACCCAACCAAAGAUCAUCUGCUAAGGAAAUACACCUGACACCGUCCACUGACUUCUAUAAGAAAUUAGCGUUGGACUGUUCUGGUCAGCAGGUAGCUGUGGACUUAUUCCUUCUCAGUGGACAGUAUUCUGAUUUGGCUUCUCUGGGGUGUAUUUCUCGGUACUCAGCAGGUAGUGUCUAUUACUAUCCUUCUUACCAUCAUCAGCACAACCCAGUCCAAGUACAGAAAUUACAGAAGGAACUACAGAGGUACCUCACUCGGAAGAUUGGCUUUGAGGCAGUUAUGAGGAUUCGAUGCACUAAAGGUCUUUCCAUUCAUACCUUCCAUGGGAAUUUCUUUGUUAGGUCAACAGACUUACUGUCUUUGCCCAAUGUCAAUCCAGAUGCUGGAUAUGCAGUACAGAUGUCAGUAGAAGAAAAUCUUACUGACACUCAGUUGGUUUCUUUUCAGUCAGCACUCUUGUAUACAUCAAGCAAAGGUGAAAGAAGAAUUCGUGUCCAUACUUUGUGUUUGCCAGUAGUUUCAACUCUAAAUGAAGUCUUUCUUGGAGCAGAUGUUCAAGCAAUUUCAGGAUUAUUGGCCAAUAUGGCUGUUGACAGGUCCAUGACUGCCAGUCUGAGUGACGCCCGAGAUGCUCUAGUGAAUGCCGUCAUUGACUCUCUUGCAGCUUACCGGUCUUUAGUCUUAAGUAACCAGCAGCCUGGACUCAUGGUUCCUUUCUCUUUGAGACUUUUUCCACUUUUUGUGUUGGCUCUUCUUAAACAGAAAUCAUUCCAGACUGGGACAAAUGCACGUCUUGAUGAACGCAUUUUUGCUAUGUGUCAAGUGAAAAAUCAGCCUUUGGUUUACCUUAUGCUUACAACGCAUCCCAGUUUGUAUAGAGUUGACAAUCUCUCAGAUGAGGGAGCACUCAACAUCAAUGAUAGAACCAUACCUCAGCCUCCUAUCCUUCAGCUCUCUGUGGAGAAACUGAGUAGAGAUGGGGCUUUCCUCAUGGAUGCAGGCUCUGUACUAAUGCUUUGGGUUGGAAAAAAUUGUGCACAGAAUUUUCUCACCCAAGUUCUAGGAGUUCAAAACUAUGCAUCAAUUCCACAGACUAUGACAGACCUUCCAGAACUUGAUACACCAGAAUCUGCCAACAGUAGCUUCAUCUCCUGGCUUAGAGAGCAGAGACCAUUUUUCCCAAUACUUUACAUAAUAAGGGAUGAAAGUCCUAUGAAAGCAAAUUUCCUUCAAAACAUGGUAGAAGACAGAACAGAAUCUGCAUUAUCAUAUUAUGAAUUCCUCUUGCAUAUACAGCAACAAGUAAAUAAAUGAACAAAUGAAGAAAUUUGACUUAGUUACUGCUAAGGAGAUCACAAAGCAGAAUUCCUGGGAAUGUGUAAUACCUUCCUUUUCUAUUUAAGUUUGUGAACUAAUGUGAUGAUUAAGAUGUUUUCACUGUGAUUUCAACAAACUAUAGCAAAUAAAGGACUACUGCAGAGAAUCAAACAUGCAACUCUGAAAAUACUGUAUUUUUCAAAUCAAAUGUAUCUACAUAUGAUUGGAUACCUUUUUUCCUUUGCUGCCAAUUAUGUUCCAGUUGUUACAAAUUGAAAUAAGAAAAAGAUAUUAUAGAGGUGAAGUACAUUUUGUAAAAUAAAGAUGUCUGUAUUCCACAUGUAUAUUUUUUUUAUUUUUCUGAGUUUUUGGCUGCUACAUUUAAAACCUCAUGAGACUAAGUGUUGCAGGGAAGUUAUAAAUCCAUUGAUAAUGAUCUUUUUAAAAUUGGGAAAUCCAAAAGUAAAUAGAAUAUAGAAGAACUAGAAUUCAUACCCCAUCCUGUUUUGUUUUGUUUUGUUUUUAAAGAAAGGAAAAGGAUCAAGGAUCAUCAUGUUAAAUAAAACAGGCAAACUAACUGUAGUCUAGCUUGAGAAGAAUAUGAAGUAAAAUGUUCAAGCUUUAAAAUCUGUCAGUAUUCUCUAUACUUGAAGAACAAAAUCACUUUGGUUUGAAGUGAAAGCUGUAAUUAGGUGGUCCUCUGAUUUGGCUGCAGAUCACUUGGACAUACUAUUUUCUUUUGCAAUGAAAAGAAUUUGAGCAGUCUUCAUAAAUAUUGAGACUGGCAAUGAUAAUAGGGAGAUGAGAAAUUUUGUUUAUCUUCACCCUUUAAGUGCUUUAGUUUGGUACAUUUCUGCUCUGUGAUAUAUAAUAGGUUUUUUUUUUUUUUGGUGAAAUGAGAAUGAAUGAAAGAAGUUAAAGGUUUCUAAAAUGCUAUGUCAAAUGCAUCAGUAACAUUUUUCUAAGAUGUUUGAUAAUUAAAUUAGAAACCACUCAAGAAAUAUUCUGGUAUAUUAAAACCUAUUAAAGCAUGAAUGCUGCUGUUGAUUUGGUGAAUAUUAGGAUUACACAAAUCCAGUAGAUUGAAGUUAAAGAAACCUGGUUUCUGAGCAUACUCAAAAAACUGCUUUUUUUGAUUUAGCUAGAUAAAUAUAGUCAAAACUUAUUGAGCAAAUUUUGUUGACAAAUUGGUAAAUUACAUCUGUAUAUUUACAGUGCUGUGACAUAAUAUCUUUAAAAAUUUGGCUCAGUUUUCACAGACUUAUCUUGUCUCGUAUGAACUUAAAAGAUGAUGUACUUGUAUAAUACUCAAUGAAAAGAUUUUUGGGUUUUUUUGUUUUAAUAGAUUACAAAAUGUGUUUACAAUCUUGGUCUUACAUGAUCACCAACAAACAGUAACUUUCAGGUUUACAUCCAUAUAGGCUGACUUAACUGAAUUGAUAGGUGUGGGGAAGAGGCAAGUCCCUCUAGAUACACAUGCUUGCCAGCUGGAUUAGAAUAAUUGUAUUUAUAAAAAUACCAUCUCCCUUAAGCAGUGUUAAGAUUCAUUUUCAGUGUGCAAGUGGUACAUUGAGCUGGAAGGUUUCUUGAAAGCUGUUUCAUUUAUUAGAAAGCAAUUUUCAAAUUACAACAAAUUAAAUUUAUAUUUUCCCAUCUUUUUAAGAAACACAGUCAUUAUGUACUGAUGUUUCUUAAAAGAACGGUUUUUUACAUUUCAAAUAUAAGAAAUUAAAUGAAUUAUGUUCACUUAGUAUAAUUUUAAAUGUUGACAUUUGUAAGUCCUUUCUCAGUAGUAGUGAAGAAUCUUCCAGAAAGAAACAUUUGUGCUUCUAGGGAUAAUCUUCCUUGUGCCUCACUACAUCCCUAAAUGGGUAUGACUCUUGUUAUUACCACAUUUCACAAAUUUACUUUGAAAAAUUAUUUUAGAUAUUGUGUAACGUGCAAUCCAGAAUAAUUUUAUAACAGGUCAUAAAAAAAAAAAAACACAUAACUUUAGUUAGGAGUCACAAUAUUUGUUCUCUAGGUAAUAA